CGUGGGAGACGUGGUGGGCUCGCGGUUCCUGGCGUUCGAUGCGAAGUCGGAGAUGCACAGAGCAGAGCUGGGGGAGAAACGGGGUUUCGGCCUCAGAUGUCCUGCCUGGGAGGCCCAGUCAGUAGUGGAGUCGCUCUGCGUGUGGAGAUACUCUGGGAAGGGUGGAGAGUUUGGGCCCGUUCUCCCCCAAGGGGCAAGGUGCUGAGGGAUCGGCCAGGGCCCAUCCUGUGGCUGCUUGCUGUGGGAGGGUGGCGGCUGGCUCUUCCAGUUGUCUGACUGCUCGGGCGGUCUUAGCCUUUAGCCAGGAGACUCCGCUUCCAAGCUUGUUCAGGCUGUUGGCCGAAUCUGUGUUUGUUGGGGUUGGUCCUCAGAAGUGCUGGCUGCCGGCCUGAGUGGCCCUUAGCUCUCCGAGGUCCUUCCACGUGGCCCUCAGAUCCUUCUCAGGCUUUUAAGGGCUCAUUUGAUUAGAUUGGGUCCACCAGGGUAAUUCACGUCCAUAACCUUAAUUCCCUCUGCAAAGUCCCUUUUGGUAUGUAGUGUAACAUAAGCACAAGUUCCAGGGAUUAGGAUAUGGACCUGGGGGAGAGGGGGGCGUUUAUUCUGUGUCCUGGUAAGCAAGAUUCCACGCAUAAUGAAGUGAGAAAAAUAAGGUGUGAAGCCAUAGCAUAGUUGGGUGUAGUUUAUCAUUUAAAGGCAAACGUAUGUGUAUAUAUUUGCUGUGUAAACCUAGAUUAAUCUGGAACGGUACACUAGAAACAAGGGAAACUGAGUGGAUCUUUGGGGGAUUUUUCACUAUAAAUUCUUUUUACCUUUUAAAUUUUGAGGUGACUAUGCCCCUAUUCAGAAAAAAAUGAGACUUUAAAAUAUUUUUAAAUAAAAUGAACUAAAUAAAUAUUGCAGAUUAUUACAUCUCCCCUUGGAUUGGGAGAGGUUUCCCUCGAGGAAACUGGGCAUCAGCACUGUAAGGGCAGGCAGAUGCAGUCACUGAGGGCCUUGUCAACCCCAUCACCUAUGUCUCCUCUGUUUCUGGUGCUGUAACUGCUUUGAAUCUCAUCUCCCACCAUUCUUCUGAACACCCUGCCAAGUUAAUCUUGUGUUAGUUUUGUCUCUCCCGUCAUGGAAAUGUGGCCAGUGCUUCACCUUCAUCUGGCAGCCAAGCUCCCUUACCAUCUGUCCGUAGUGACCAUCCUUGUGAGCUCUGUUCGUAUCUCCUUGCCUUCUGCCUCAAGUUUUUCCCUACACUUGUCCUCUGACCUUUUCACCCAGACCACUAGUUGUGCAUUCCUCCUUGAUGGUGAUCUGAGUCCAGGAGCAUCACCCAGCCCUUCUUUCUUUCCCACAUAGCUUAUGGGUGACACCUACCAUCACCUUGACUCCCUGCACCAUCCUUCUGCCUCCUUUCUUAAGAUCUCCUUUGCAGAUCCCCUUGAUCACACCCUCACUCUCAGCUGGUGCUCAUGAAGAACAGAGGAGUCAGUGUCAGUACUUGUGAGUGAAGGGCUGAGGUAUGUCAGUGCUCCCAGUGGGCACCCGGGCAGGGUAUGGCGAGGGGGUAGGGAGAUUCAGUAACCUGGUCCAUGUGAGGAGCCCGUCAUGCCUCCACAUGGGAGUGUCCUGUCUUCAUAGUUAGGACUGGAGAUGAGCCCAAGUUUGUGAGUCUUAACAAGGAUGUUGAUGCCUCAAGACAGGACGUAAUCACCAAGGAAGUUGGUGUCAGUGCAGAAGUGCACACUGGGGUGCCAACAUGAAAUGGGGAAUGAGAGACUAGAAGGUAGUAGGUGGUGCAGUGGGAGAACGUCCCAGGCAAGUAAAGAUGGGAACACCUGGUGAGGAGGCUUCCAGGAUGGUGCAACUCAAAGACAGAAUUGACCACUAGGGUUGGCAGGCGUUGACACAUAAUGGUGACAUGUGGGGCUGCAGCACAGGCUGCCCCUGGCUGCUCAACCUUUGGAGCUGCUGUUCUCCCACUCUAGGUGGGUCUAGCGUGCCCAGCUUCAGAGCAUUUUGAAUGCCAGCAACAAGGAGUGAUAAGAGUGGCCACAGAAGGACACAGGCCCACAGCAGGACACAGGCCCACAGCAGGACACUGGCCCACAGCAGGACACAGCCCCACAGCAGAGUAGAGGCCCACUGCGGGACACAGGCCCACAGCAGGACACAGGCCCAACAGGACACAGGCCCACAGCAGGAUAUAGGCCCACUGCAGGGUGUGGCCCACAGCAGGACCCAGGCCCAGAGCAGGACACAGGCCCACAGCAGGAUACAGGCCCCACAGCAAGACACAGGCCCACAGCAGGACCCAGGCCCACAGCAGGAUACAGGCCCUAUGGGGGCUGCCCUCCUAUCAUGGUCCUAGUCAUGCCCAGCCUCAGAACUCGCCGUGAGGAGGCAGAGAUGGAGCUCUCAGCUCCAGGACCAUCCCCUUGGACCCCUGCAGCCCAGGCCCCUGUGAAUGAUGCUCCUGCUGCGACCCACCCUGGAUCUGCAGCCUGUGGUCCCCCCUGCUGUAGUGAUACUGAGCUGGAAGCCAUCUGCCCUCACUAUCAGCAGCCAGAUUGCAACACCAGGACUGAAGACAAGGAGUUUCUUCACAAGGAAGACGUUCAUGAAGAUAUGGAAUCACAGACAGAAAUAUCAGAACACUGUGCUGGUGAUGUUUCCCAGGUGCCCGAGCUUGGAGAUCUGUGUGAUGAUGCAUCAGAAAGAGACUGGGGAGUCUCUGAAGGCAGGAGGCUGCCACAGUCCCUCUCCCAGGAGGGGGACUUCACACCAGCGGCCCUGGGGCUCCUUAGGGGCGCCUUAGAGGAGAAAGAUCUGGCCUGUAAUGGUUUUGACAGUUGCUUCAGUCUGAGCCCAAACCUGAUGUCAUGUCAGGAAAUCCCUACAGAAGAGAGGCCACAUCCGUAUGACAUGGAUGGCCAAAGUUUCCAGCACUGCGUGGACCUAACUGGUCACGAGGGGGUUCCCACAGCUGAAAGUCCACUCAUAUGUAAUGAAUGUGGGAAAACCUUCCAAGGAAAUCCUGACCUUAUUCAGCAUCAAAUAUUCCACAUUGGAGAGGCUUCCUUUAUGUGCAAUGGUUGUGGGAAAACCUUCAGCCAGAACUCAGUUCUUAAAAGCUGUCAUCGAUCUCAUAUGAGUGAGAAAGCCUGCCAGUGCAGCGAAUGUGGGAAAGCCCUCCGAGGGUGCUCAGACUUUUCUAGGCAUCAGAGUCACCACAGCAGUGAGAGGCCGUAUAUGUGUAACGAAUGUGGAAAAGCCUUCAGCCAGAACUCAAGCCUUAAAAAGCACCAAAAGUCUCACAUGAGUGAGAAGCCCUAUGAAUGCAAUGAAUGUGGGAAGGCUUUCAGGCGGAGCUCAAACCUCAUCCAACAUCAAAGAAUCCAUUCUGGGGAGAAGCCAUACGUGUGCAGUGAGUGUGGGAAGGCCUUCAGGCGAAGUUCAAACCUCAUCAAACACCACAGAACUCACACAGGAGAGAAGCCUUUUGAGUGUGGCGAGUGCGGGAAAGCCUUCAGCCAGAGCGCACACCUGAGGAAGCACCAGAGGGUCCACACUGGAGAGAAGCCUUACGAGUGUAAUGAUUGUGGCAAGCCCUUCAGUCGGGUCUCCAACCUCAUUAAACACCACAGGGUUCACACUGGAGAGAAACCCUAUAAGUGCAGCGACUGCGGGAAAGCAUUUAGUCAGAGCUCCAGCCUUAUUCAACACCGGAGAAUUCACACUGGAGAAAAGCCUCACGUGUGUACUGUGUGCGGAAAAGCCUUUAGUUACAGCUCAGUGCUCCGGAAGCACCAGAUAAUCCACACAGGAGAGAAGCCGUACAGAUGCAGUGUCUGUGGGAAGGCCUUCAGCCACAGCUCAGCCCUCAUUCAACACCAGGGCGUGCACACAGGUGACAAGCCCUAUGAGUGCCACGAGUGUGGGAAGACCUUUGGUCGCAGCUCCAACCUCAUCCUUCACCAGCGAGUCCACACUGGAGAGAAGCCCUAUGAAUGUACUGAAUGUGGAAAAACCUUCAGCCAGAGCUCAACCCUCAUUCAGCAUCAGAGGAUUCAUAAUGGGCUGAAGCCCCAUGAGUGUAGCCAGUGUGGCAAAGCCUUCAACCGAAGCUCCAAUCUCAUUCACCACCAGAAAGUUCAUACUGGGGAAAAACCCUACACCUGCGUUGAAUGCGGUAAGGGCUUCAGCCAGAGCUCACACCUCAUUCAGCAUCAGAUAAUCCACACUGGCGAGCGCCCCUACAAAUGCAGUGAGUGUGGGAAAGCCUUCAGCCAGCGUUCCGUCCUCAUCCAGCACCAGAGGAUCCACACUGGGGUGAAGCCUUACGACUGCGCUGCUUGUGGGAAAGCCUUCAGCCAGCGAUCAAAGUUGAUCAAACACCAGUUGAUUCACACCAGGGAGUAGCCUGUUGGGCUGGCAGGAGUGAAAUUGAGCAUAGUCUCCUCUCCAGCUCCACUUUGGCCAUUGUCUCAGCCUCUGCCACUUCCCAGACCGAAAGCCUGCACUCAGCUCACUGCCCCACAUCCAGUGGCCACAUGGCCUGGGACCCUCCUUUGAAACAUCCUUUACGGGCUCCCUUCUCACUGCCACUGCUCUUGCCUCUUGUGAUGUCUUGAGUUUGGGUUUGUUUUUACAGCUUGUGAACAGACUGCACGUUUGUUACAAGGGAGAAGAUUAUGGAGGCUACAUAUUCAUGAAUAGAGUUUAUUAUUGUAAUCAAAAGUUACCAAAAAAGUAAAGUGACAUUUGGUUUGAGAUAA